CUAUAAUUUCUUUCCCGCUUCCUUCUGUUUAAACUAACUGUUUCAAUAAUACAAAAAAGUAGCGAGUUAAAAAACGUGUACAACGACACCAAGAUGGACUUUGACAAGGCGAAAGAGAACAUCCAGCCAUUGGCUUGUGGUCGCAAUGUGAGUCUACUACAGGCCUCGCUUAGUCAGGACUCCGCCCAUGGCCAGGAGCUGCUAGCGCAUCGCAGAGAAAUGGAGAAUGAGGUGCGCACCUACGCGGGCGAAGAUCCUCUCGGGGCCUGGUACAAGUAUAUCUGCUGGAUCGAGCAAAGUUAUCCGGCAGGUGGCAGUAACUCCGGCCUACAGGCGGCACUUCACCAGUGCCUUACCCAAUUCGAAGAUGACGAGCGCUACCGACAAGACAAGCGGCUUAUCAAGCUGUUUAUAAAAUUUAUGGAGAAGCAGAAAGAUAAAAUAGAGUUUUAUCAGCAGAUGUACAACAAUGGAAUCGGAACCAUGCUAGCAGAUUUUUAUAUUGCCUGGGCUUACAGCUAUGAUCUGAGCGGUAACAUGCGCAAGGCCGACGAGAUUUUCCGUCUCGGGCUUGAAUGCCGUGCUGAACCACUAAUGGAUCUGAAAGAAGCGCACCAGCACUUUGGCUAUACUGUGGGUCAACGCAUGCUUUACACAACUGGCGAGGAGGCUAAAGCUGUUAACCGGGAGCUCAACGAGCGACGGCUGGCGCUGCAGUCGCUACACGGUCGACUCCAAGAAAACUCUAAUACCAUUACUGUAGGAAGUAUUCGUACCGGAGCAGCGGUCAAAAGCGGCUUACCGGGCGUGGUCCAGACUAAUGAUACAAUCACUACCGAUAAGCUAAACGACGGUAGGAAUGUCGAAGUGUUUAACGACGAAAAUGCUCAAGCAGAUAUACGACUGCCUGUGGUCCAGACGGAUGCAAAAUCUAGCCUGCGUUCUAUUAUCGACGCAGCUCGCGGCCAGGAGAACAUGAAAGAAUCGGUGGCCUGGAACAAAGCAAACAAGAGAGGCCACAAGCGUGGAAAAAUUUUUGGCAGUAAUGCCUCUCCGGACUUUGGUUUUGACAUACACGUGGAUGUACAAGCGAUGCCCCCCAUCACCAACUAUGAUCGUCGUCUGGAUCAGCCCUUCAGAUUUCCUCCAAAUUUUGUUGCCAAGAACAAGCGUCAGGAAGCAUGGGUUACGCCAGUUACAAUUGAAGAUGAGCCAAAUGCAAAUGGACUCCCUUUCUACAAUAAGUGUCUUCUCUAUCCUCGACCCAACUUGGAGUUCUCUCCUGAAGAGUACCGCGCCCACGCCUACCUGAAACGCCGCAAUCCACAACAUCCUUUUGUCCAGAGCAACGAGGAGUGGUGGGGAACUGGAAGUGUGCUCAGAGGAAUUCGAUGUUACCCAAACUUUGCCAAUGUUUCUAAGCCACAGCCACGUGACGAGCUAGACAAGUUUUGGAAGCCCCCACUCGUACCUGGCCUCCAUGUCGUUUUUGACAUGGUCUACAACGAUGAAGAGAAACAGGAAUACCAACCAGAGGAGCUGCUGGCAGCCAAAAGGCUGCAAAAUCGAAAUGUGACAGUUCAUGGCGAUUACGACAUGGAAGAAACUGUCUGCUUGCCCGGAAGCAAGAUGCCUCGCCGCAAAAGUUUUUUCUCGUCUUCCUCCAGGAAAUCCAUGUUUCCCUCUGUGCAGGAGCAGAAAGAAAAGGAGGCAGAAGCGCCAUUGUUAUCGAGAGAAAAUUCGCCGCCGCCGCUUGUGAUACCCAAGACGGUUUCUGUGCAAUUAAAUGAGGACUCAAUGGCCUGCACGGAUGCUCAAUUUGCGGUACCAGCUCCACCUGAACGGAAAAUAGAUAUCUAUGAAGACUUAGAAAAUCCGGAACCAAAAGCAAAGCCAUUGAAUAACGGUAUAUUUUCUGACGGGGACGAAACUUGCUCUACGCAAAUGUUUAAUAUGUUUAUAAAGUCGCAGGCUGUCAGCACGCCCAAGGGCAUACAAAAGCAAGCAUCGUUACGCACAUUUGGAACAGUGCUAAAAGAUAUACAGCAACCAGAAGAAGCAGCUUUUGUUCCCUUCGUUGAGUCUCCGUGUUCACCAACGUUGCGGAAGCAGCUUUCCACCAUUUUGGAGACCUCUGAACACGGCACUCAAAGCUUGGCGGCAAGCGUUGCUAACACUAAGUCGACCGUUACCUCUUCGUCGUCGCCCGGGUCCAGCACUGUUUCGAAAGCAACCAACAAGAAUGAAGAGUGCUCUCCUGGGCAAAUGCGCCUGCGGCACCUGGUUGGUUUGGGACUACCGGAAUGCGUUGCUGAGUCGGAAAAACAGGGUGGCGACAACUUUUUCCGUCGUGAGUUAUGGGAACCCAAUGCCCCUAGCUUGCCGAUGCUAAAGUCUCUGCGUUUCCAAGAGGAUAAGACAGAAACUAUUCCUAGGCCCCUUAUCUGCUUUCAAGAAGAUAAAACCGAAACGCUUCCACGAAUACCCGCUCUGCCGGACGAUUCUUUGCUUCCACGCUCAAUAGCUGUUCAAAAUUCUCUGGAUGAUGCAACCGACUUGUGUGGAUUGUUUGGAAAGACGCCGCCUAAGGUAAAGUCUUCUGGUCUUACCAGACCCGAUUUUUUUAAGUCGAUGAGUGGCACACAAGACGAGAUGGGCACCCUGGCCAUGCAGAAGUUUGAAAUAUUUCUUGACGAUUCACAGCCAGAAAAGAGUGCUCCAGAAGUAGUUACUUCAGUUGUCUCGAGCCUUGCCUUGGAGUGCACCCUGCCGGAAACACUGCAGCCAAAAUAUAAGGAGCAAGGGAACAAGCAGGAAUCUUUUGGGCAAUCGCAUAUGAUUGCCUCGUUUAUGAAGGAUUGCUCAGAAAUAAGCAGCUGUAUCCCACCGAUGCCAAUUUCAAUUGCCACAAUCAACCCUAUUAAAACUUUGACCGAGCUUUCGUAUUCCAACGAUCCUAUGUUAGUAUACAGUAAAAAUGUUUCACCAAAUGAAAACCAAGAUGGUUCAAAAGAAUCUGAUGACUUUUUUGAGCUAAACGCAGCCACUGAGAUGUUUGCCACCAACAUUAGUAUGAUUAAAAAUUCCACCCUGCUGAUUCCGACUGCAGAGUUAAAGUCUCCUGCAAUAAAAGCUGAGGAGGCCGAAUUAAGCAUUUACUACAAGGAAACACCACUAACACCGAAGCAGUCCCAUCGCUCUUGGUCGCAGUCUGAUUCGGAAACUCAUCUGCUGGAAGAUUAUGUCCACCCCAAGUCGACCGGCGAUUUUUCUAUUAUGAAUGAUACGAUGGCUGACGCCAAUAAAAACCCUUUCAAAAAGGAACUUCUUAGCUCGCUGCUGGAUUCAAUUGACUUUUCCAUGUACAUCGAAAAGCUGCCCUAUUGUCAUCUGGUGGGUCAUGUCAAGCGCCUGCAUCCUAACUCUAAGCUGGAGGUAAAUAAUGAGAAGUUUGAGGUGUUGAAGAUGAUAGGCAAGGGAGCUUACGGCUCAGUUUAUGUGGGAGAGCAUCUUAAAUCUGGCAAGAAAGUAGCUCUUAAACAGGAACGACCAACCAACUACUGGGAGUUUUAUAUAUGUUUGGAGAUCCAUAGCCGCUUAAUCAGCGAGAAAAUGAUUCCAGCUUACGCAAAUAUUGAUUACGCGUUAGUGGGCAACAAUUCCAGUGUGUAUAUCUCGGAGUUUUCAGAAUAUGGUUCAUUGAUCGGUGUAUGCAACAAGUUUAAGAGUGUAACCAACAGAAAUCUGGACGAGUAUGUAGUAAUGCAUUUGAGCUGCCAGAUGCUCGAUAUUCUCGAUCACCUGCACGCAUUGGGUAUCAUCCAUGCUGACAUCAAGCCGGAUAACUUUCUGCUAAUGAGACCGUUAUGUACAGAUCCCAACGAUAUCAGUCUGCAGCUCAUUGAUUUCGGAGUGUCCAUUGACACCAAGAUCUUCCCGAACAAUCAGUCAUUCAAUUAUGUCCAUCAAGAUGAUCUGUUUAAAUGCAUUGAAAUGCGUACCCACCGCCCAUGGACAUACCAGUUAGAUUUGUUUGGUCUUGUGGGCGUCAUACAUGUGCUGCUAUUCGGUCGCUAUAUGGAAGUGGCACUGCGAGCUCCGAGCACCUUUUGGAUGCCGAAGACAACGAUACCCCGUUAUUUUCAGCGGCAACUCUGGGAGAACAUCUUUCGAACACUGAUUAACAUUAGAGACUGUCGCACCAUGCCCAAUCUUCAACAAUUGCGCGUGCAGCUUAAAUGUGCGUUGGCUGAAAAGGAAGACUAUGUUAGUGAAGCUAUAAAAAAGUUUAAUAUGAUACAAAACGGCUUACAGAAAUAGUAAUCCUAUUUAUUUUAUUUGUAUCAGUAAUCCUGCCUGCUUAAAUGUACCACCACUUAACUACAUUAGAAGUUAUAUUAAAAAAUAGUUCGUUGAGCUUAUGGCAACUUAAGUUUUAUCAAACAUGGAAUGCCAGACGUUUUUUGCCUAUUAGGUAGUAGUUUUUUUCGUGAUUAAGAUUAAACUCUAAUUUUUUUUAUAUCUGCUUACUUAUAACCCAAUAAACAACCCAAAUCCCAAAA